AGUUAGUUGAAUUUUCAAUCUGCCCCUCGAAAGAGUGACCCUUUGCAAAUAUAGACGAAUGGUAAAUAUGUAACUACACUUAACGAGGCCGAAGUGGAACUGGAUAAGGCCUCCAUUGUCUGUUCCCCUAUACUUCCCGCCCGCGAAAUGACCACCUCCACCGCCAACGUCGCGGCCACUGCGAAUGUUCCCUUUUCACGUGCCUCGAGCUUCACGAUGAAGCCAAGACGGCGGUUUUUUAGCUCUGGAGUGAGGUGCGCAUCGUCCCCGUGGAGGACGCGGGAGAGCAGACGAUCGGUUUCUUUGUCAAUCGUUUUUCUGCACUUCUUCUCCCUGUCUAAAGAUGCAAUGGGAGUCAGCAUUUUGGACAAAUAUAUGAAAAAGAAAAAGCUUGACCCGCUAGAGGCUUAUAUACCAGCUGUUAUAUUGACCGAGUUGCAGAUUAAGGAAUUAGGACGAUAUCUCGAAGUUGAUCAACCUAAAUUUGCUGAUUGCCGGAAUCUUUUGAGAUCUGGUCCUGCAUCAUCCUUGCGUGUUAAUAUUCGAGCAGUAGCACAAUAUGCCUCUGAUGCUGGGAACGGUAACUCUGCUUUCAAUGAGGUUGAUCAGUGUCUAAGAGCCUUGGAGGAACUUGAUUCUCUGCUUUUGCGUGCAUCAAGAAAUGAUUCGGGUACUUCAAUUGAAUCAAUGAAAGCUAAAGUUGCUACUGCACUCGGUGCACUGAACAGCGUCCUUCAAACUGUUCCAGAAGAAGUGCUGAACAAGGGGAAGGCUAUGGCCAACGAAUUCAUCAAUCCAGGAAAUGAUUUAGCACCUGAUGAGCUGGACCCUGACCUAAAGAAGUUGGAAUCAAUACUGUGAAUUACAGCUAAAAUACAGAGAUUUUAAGUAUAAAUCAAAUGAUUCUGGCGUGUUAAACAUGAACUGGCAUUUUGAGUAUAGUUCAAAUGAUUCUAGAGUGUUGUGCAUGAACUGGCAAAUCUUGCCGAAUUAUCCUAAUUUGUACCAUUUGUACCGUUCUUUUUGACCAA